CUGACAUCAUAUCCUGUGUAGAGUUCAAUCAUGAUGGAGACUUGCUUGCCACUGGGGACAAAGGUGGCAGAGUUGUCAUCUUCCAACGUGACCCAUCAUCCAAGAAUUGCCAUCCGAGGCGGGGAGAGUACAACGUCUACAGCACCUUCCAGAGCCACGAGCCGGAGUUUGAUUACCUUAAGUCUUUAGAAAUUGAGGAAAAGAUCAACAAAAUUAGAUGGCUGAAAAGGAAAAACCCUGCACACUUUUUACUAUCUACUAAUGAUAAAACAAUAAAGUUAUGGAAGGUUUCGGAACGAGACAAGCGAGCAGAGGGCUACAACUUAAGGGACGAGUCCGGCCAAAUCAGGGACCCAACUUCACUCACAACUUUACGGGUGCCUGUCUUAAAACCAAUGGAGCUUAUGGUAGAAGCCUCUCCUCGGAGAAUUUUCGCCAAUGCACAUACGUACCACAUCAACUCCAUCUCUAUUAAUUCAGAUCAGGAGACCUAUUUGUCAGCCGAUGAUCUCCGCAUCAAUUUAUGGCAUAUGGAAGUUACUGAUCAGUCAUUCAACAUAGUGGACAUCAAACCUACCAACAUGGAAGAAUUAACAGAAGUGAUUACUGCUGCCGAGUUUCAUCCACAUGACUGCAAUGUAUUUGUAUACUCAAGCAGUAAGGGAACCAUUCGCUUAUGUGACAUGCGGCAAGCUGCCCUCUGUGAUAGUCACUCUAAAUUAUUUGAGGAGCCUGAGGACCCAACCAACCGUUGUUUCUUCAGUGAAAUUAUCUCCUCUAUUAGUGAUGUUAAGUUCUCCAACAGCGGUCGCUACAUGAUCUCUAGGGAUUACCUCUCUGUCAAAGUAUGGGAUCUACACAUGGAGACCAAACCUAUAGAAACGUAUCCGGUGCAUGAAUAUCUACGUUCCAAGCUGUGCUCACUCUAUGAGAAUGACUGUAUAUUUGAUAAGUUUGAAUGUUGUUGGAGCGGCAACGACUCUGCCAUCAUGACAGGCUCGUACAACAACUUCUUCCGCAUGUUUGACAGAACGACGAAGCGAGAUGUAACUCUAGAAGCCUCAAGGGAAACUGCUAAGCCUAGAACUUUACUAAAGCCAAGAAAGGUAUGUACUGCAGGCAAAAGAAAGAAAGAUGAGAUCAGUGUAGACUGCCUUGAUUUCAAUAAGAAGAUCCUCCACACAGCAUGGCACCCACAUGAAAAUAUAAUUGCUGUGGCUGCAACUAACAACCUCUACAUAUUCCAAGACAAAUUUUAGCGGUCCUCCUGUGACUAGAGCUUAGACCCCCAUCUGGUGGAUGUCUGGGCAUGGCCAUCAGGUGGUGCAAGAAAGGUCCCCUGGAAGGGCUGUUGCACUAACUCGGCCUGCCCCACAAAGUUGCAUCUGCAUGAAGCCACAAAACUCGCGCUGGCCACCCUAUCAAGGCUCACCUUUGGUCGAGUUGUGGCUCAUUUGUCUCUUGGGUUGUUCUGUUUACAAGUCGACGGUGGCCACAUGUGCCACACACCAACGGCGACCAAAUCAUCCUGGGCUGUAGUGCCCGUUUAUCAGUGCUGCCAUCCCACAGGACAUGUUCAGCAGCUGAUAUAUAGAAAUACUGUGGGUGCCCACCCUUGUGAUCUUGUAUCUGUGUUUCAUCCUCAGAUCAUCUGUUGAGAAGUGAUUAGUUGCCUUCUAUCAAGGCUAUUAAAAUAUAAUUUAAGAAGAAAAUGGCUGACUAGGUGAAUCCAGUGAUGUUGAAUGGAUAGGAGUUUGCCAUGUUAUUAUCAAUAGAUUAGUGGCUUAAAAUUUAAAAAAGAUAUGGACUGCAGAGCCCAAAUUUCUUUCUCGGAUGCCUGGCUUUUUUUUUAUCAAUUUGAAUGUGUCUUGUUGCCAAAUUGAGCUGUGACCGGUGACUUGAAUAACUAGGGAAAUGGGGCAUGACGGCGCUAACCUCUGGGAUUGGUUGGGUUUCUGCUUAAUAAGUCAUUCUAGGCUUAGAACUAACCCUAACAAGCAUGAGGGCUGAGCGCUGCCGUGCCCCACAGGCCCAGUGACUGAGGUAAGUAGCAUGAAUGUCUCACAGGAUUAUGUUGAUGUGCUCAUUGCUUCUACAAGACCACUUCCAGCUGCCAGAAAAUACAACAUGAUUACCAGUUGUUUACGUUAGCUGUUGUGUCACGGCAAGGUUUAUUUUCUCUUUGUCGUAAAGCAGAGGGUAAAGCUUACUGGAAUGCAGUUCAAAGUCAAUAGGUGGUAUUCGUGAUGUAAACAUCUAGUGUGUGGCGCGGCCGCACAAACAAUUUUUCUCCCUCACCUUAGCUUUUUUUAUUUUUAAUUUUUAUUAAUAUUUUUUUCAUUUUUGAGAUUCAGAAAAUUGGUUGAAAGGAUCAUCAUUUCCAGUGUUUAUUGUCUCAGACUGCUGUAUACUUUUUUAAUUAGUUCCAUGUAAUAAAUUAUAUUUCAAUAGGCAAGAUGUGUUUUCAUAAUGAUAAAAAACAUCCAUAUUUAAAAAGAAAAAAAAAAAAAAGUAAAAAGACAAAAACAAACAAAAAAGUGUUUAUGUUGAUUAUAUUUUUUUUCUUAUACUUAUUUAAGUUCUAGAACUGACGUUUACAAAAUGAUAUUUCAUUUAGGUAAAUACCCAUUGGGGUCAACAUCCUCUCAAACAGGCAGUUGGUAAGAGGAGCCAUCCUGAUGAGUGGAGGAGCGAAGCUAAACUUUUUUUUUUUUAUUUUUUUUAUUUAUUUUUUUCUUGUGGUAUUGUUCAUUUACAUAAUUAUCUAGAAAAUUGGUCUUUUUUCAAGUUCUAGUUCCAGCCACCACAAGAUAAUUUCACUGUUAAUAUAGCUAUAUAUAUGCAGAAAGGGUAUCAGGUGAUUUCAUAACAACUCUUUACUGUGUGAAAAGUUCCAUGAAGAGUGGUAAAGCAGAUACUGCAUGUUGAAGAUAUGAUCUUUUUAAUUGGGUGCAGAUUAUGCAGUUUCAAAUAUCUGAAGAAAAGGCAUGACUGCAUGAGAGUUGGAUGAUAUUAACGUCAAUUAUGAACCUGGUGUGUCAAAAUUGCAAAUAACAUCUUAGUGCUAUUAGUAGGCCUUAGAAAGUUGAUACUGCAAUGGCUGGAUCUAAGAGUCCAUGGGAUUUAUGUAAAUACAUAAUUUAUUUGUUUACUAACAAUCCAAGGGUUCUAAGUUUUUAGUAUUUCUUGUCAAGGUUUAUGUUUCUGAAGCAUUUACUGCAGGAAGAUGUAAGCAACUGGCUUCCUUUUUUAUUGAGCCUGUUAACUGCCUGUUCAAAGGAAGCAAACUGAUUGAAGUUUGAUAAAAGAUGGCUGAUCACUGCAAAUUAUAUCUAAUUAUGUAAAACAACACAGAUAUUUAUAUAAAUAUAUACAGUUUUUGUUGUAUGAAAUAAUUAUUACUUUUUUAUAAUAAACAAACAGGAGUGCAUGUUGAACCAAUGUUUACUGAAGGCUGGUAAAUCCCCCCUCGUUUCAUAGGUAUUUGUGUAUUGUCAUGGACAGUAGUUUGAGCACACAGGAGUUCACUUAAAAUUGACAUUGACCUAAUAAUAAUUACGCUUUUGGCAUUUGUAACAGUUCAACCAAGUUCCAGAAAACUGUGACUUUUGUUCAUGAUAUUACACCCAUAUUCUUGUGAUAAUGAAAAAAGUAAGAACUGGUUGUAAAAAGUAGGAGGAAAGAGCUGUCAGUCAAAGUAGUAAUUGCAGAAAGAUUCUGACAGCUUUCAUAACUUCUCCGAAGGAUGAACUUAUAUUCUAAUGAUUGUUAGUAUCAAAUCAAAAUAAAUCAUGCAUGAAGUGGAACAGGGAUAUACUACUUUUUUUAUUCAUAUAUAUAUUUUUUAUUGAACCUAUAUUAUUACUAGUCUUGCUAAUGUACAUGUCAAAAUAAUUGCAUAUGAAAUUACCUUCUUGACAAAAAAUAAAUAUCUGAAAGCUUCAAA